AUGUCCAACCAGUGGCACCGAGGCGGCGGUCGAGGUCGAGGAGGAUCCGGAACGCGAGGAGGAGGGAGAGGAGGAUUCGGAGGAGGCACGAACGCGGGAAACCAACCGAGACGAGACCUUUUAAGAGACGAUUUCGGCGUCGAAUUUCCUCUUUGGCCGCUCACGAGUUACGGCCCCGGAGCGUCGAAAAACAAUCUCUUGGGCGGGGACACGUCCGUGGAAGAACUCAGAUGGGUCAGUGGAGCGACGCGAGCGAGAACGGGGAAUCACGUGGUCGUGUUUGAUGCGUUUAAAGAGUACGCGCGGUUGAAAGAGAACGAUCGGACGGUGUUGAAAUCGAUGCCGGAAACGCAGUUGAAACAGGUGUUUGAUUCGGUGGACCAAGGGACGAUGAAACCGGCCGGGCUGGAGAGGAAGAUUGAGCAUCAGAUGGUACCAUCGGGAGGAGGAGGGAAAGCGUACGAACGGAUUUUACCGACGGCAACGAGUAGUGGUGUUGGUGGUGGUAGUUUUGGUGCGUUCGGUGGAGGCGCGACGGCGGCUUUCGGCGCGGUGAGUUCUUCUCCCGCCCAACCGUUUGGCGGCGUUCAACAACAGCAGCAACAACAACAACAAACAUCUUUUGGAGGAGGGCAAAUUGGAUUUGGACGGUCGUCUGGUUUUGGGAACGUACCACCGACGCCGAGUGCAUCUCCUCCUUAUGCAGGUUUUACGUCGACCGUGCCGGCGGCUAAGCCAGUCGUCACGGUCACGUCCUUGGCGCCGCAGAAUCAAGCAGCCGCCGCGAAUCAGUUUACGCCCGAUUUUAAUCCUGCCGAUCCGUUCGGCUCGAGAGAUUUCGCAGUUGGACAGAUUCCAGAUCAACCGCCUCCCCCCCAGUAUUGUACCUAG